ACAGGGGGAGGAAGCCUCUUGGGGUAUGAUGACUACGCUCGCCGCAAAAACGAGGAGAAGGACCGCCUCAGCGCGCAGUCUGAGGAGUGGCUCGAGCAAUCCAACGAUGCCCACCUCGACAAAAUCGGAUCAAAAAUAUCAGCCAUUAAAGACCUUUCACUGGGCAUCAAGAAGGAAAUCAGAGACUCGAACACCCUGCUCGAUCAGAUGGAGAGCGGUGUUGCCAUGACCGGUGGCAUGCUCAAGGGUUCGAUCGGGCGGCUGGCCGACAUGACGCAAACGGCGACGAAGAAGCACAUGCUCUACCUCAUCGUGUUCGUGGUCGGCCUCUUCCUCACGCUCUACUACGGCGCCACCUUCUUCUGA